AAAGGCGAGGCCGGCAAGGAGAGGCCUCGGCCCUGAGGGGCAGCCCGCCAUGCUGUUUGCCGUCUCCAUAGCAACAGCCGCGCCAGCGCCGCCAUCUUGUUUACCGUCCCCACAGCAACGGCCGCCAUCUUGCUCGGCAUGCCCACAGCAGCGUGCGGGGCCGGGCCGGGCCGUGCCGGGGCCAUGGCGGGCGCGGGGCGGCUGCACGACCUGGACCUCAGCGCCGAGGAGGCGGAGCGGCUCCAGCGCGCCUUCCGCGACGAGCGGUUCCGCGCGCUGUUCGCGGAGUACGCGGCCGAGCUCACCGACCCCGAGCAGCGCCGGCUGUACGAGGAGGAGGUGGCGGCGCUGGAGCGGGAGCGCGGCGUGGAGGUGCGCUUCGUGCACCCGACGCCGGGCUUCGUGCUGCGGACCAGCCAGGACGGCUCCCGCCGCUGCUACAUCAAUGUCUGCAGCAACGCGCUGAUGGGGGAGCCGCGGGCCCGCGCCGAGCGCGGCGGGCAGCGCUGGGAGCUGCCCUACAGCGUGGCCCCGGGCCGCGAGGAGCUGCGCCCCGCCGGCCGCCGCCGCCUCCUGUACGACGUGGUGUUCCACCCCGCCGCGCUGCGCCUGGCCGCCCGCAGCGCCCGCUUCCGCCGCCUGCUCCGCGACACGGCGCUGGAGGCCGUGGAGAGCCACUGCGGGGUGCGGCUGGACCGCAACAACGCCGCCGUCCUGCGAGGAGUCUCCUACAAGGGCGUCCCGCAGGCGCCCGUCAUCCGCUCCCCGCUGCCCGGCGGCGCCCCGAAGCCGCCCGACGACGGCGAGUCCCCGCUGCCGCCCUUCCCCUUCCCGCCCGCCGCUGCCCCGCCGCCCGCCGCCGGGGGCUCCUCGCCCGCCGCGGCCCCGCCGCCCUCCGGCCCCACCACGCCGCGCUGGAGCAUCCGCCACCGCUCCUACGUGGACCUGCAGGACUACCGGCACUGCCGCGACUCGGCGCCCAGCCCGGUGCCGCGGGAGCUGGUGGUGACGGUGGAGCUGCCGCUGCUGCGCUCUGCCGAGCAGGCGGAGCUGGAGAUCCGCGGGCGGGAGCUGCGGCUGGACUCGCAGUGUCCCGCCUACCACCUGCGCCUCCGCCUCCCCUACGACGUGGACGAGAGCGGCGGGCGGGCCGCUUUCAACCGGGCCCAGCGGCAGCUGCAGGUCACGCUGCCCGUGGUGCUGCCGCCCGGCCCGCGGGAACCGCCGGCGGGGGAGCGGCUGGAGGGGGCCGAGCCCGCUGCCGAGGGGCCGGCGGAGGCAGGGCCGGCAGAGGCGGGCGGCGGAGCGGCUCCUCCCCCGGAACUCGGGCCUGGCGGCGCGGCCCGGAGCACGUGUGGCGGCGGGGAGCCCGGUGAUCCACUCGCCGAACCCCCGGCUGACCCACUUUGUGAUUCUCCCGCUGGUCCGUCUGCCGAGCCCCUCGCUGAACCCCCCGUAGAACCACUCUGUGAUCCACCUGCUGAUCCCCUCACUGACCCCUCGGGUGAACCCCACAUUGAUCCAACCUCUGAACCCUUUGCUGACUCCCCUCCUGAGCCCCUCGCUGAACCGGCCACUGAUCCAAGCUCUGAGCCCCUCGCUGAACCGGCCACUGAUCUAAGCUCUGAGCCCCUCGCUGAACCGGCCACUGAUCCAAGCUCUGAGCCCCCCGCUGAACCGGCCACUGAUCCAAGCUCUGAACGCCCCGCUGGUCCAACCACGGACCCCCGCUCUGAACCCUUCACCGAACCCGCCGCUGAUCCACCCGCAGAACCACCCAGCGAGCCCCCGGACCCGGCACUGCCCUGCUCCGGUGCCGCCUCCCCCAUCGCCAGCCCCGAGCCAGCCAUGCCCACCGGGGACACCCCUCCGCAGGCCUCCGAGGGCCACCCCAGCGAGACGGCCACGUGCCCUCCCUUCCGUGCCCGGCAGGACGAGGCGUCCCUCACGCUGCUCCUGCUCGUGCCCGGCAUCCGGCCCCAGAGCCUCCGCGGGGAUGUGGGCACGCACCACUACAGCCUCCGCUUCUGCACCGACACCGCUGCCUUCGCCCUGUUCCUGCGCUUCCCAGCCGCGCUGCUGUCCCCCGAGAGCAGCGUCAGCGUCUCUGCCCACAACGCCGCGGUGGGGCUCGCCAAGGCCCCCGGCAGCACCGGGCUCUGGGACAAGUUCAGCUUCGGCCUCCACCCCUCCGCUCUGCAGGAAAGAUUGUUUGUCAGUGAGGAGAACGUUGAUGGAUUUCUAGGCACUGCUUUCUGCCCUUCCCCUUGCUCCCAAUCAGCACUGGAAAGCCAGCCAUUAAUUGAAGUGCUGGAUGUUACUGAGGACAGAAUUCAAAUCAGGGUGGAGCCACAGGAACGUGAUGGACGAGGAACACUCGGCAGCUCAGGGGGAACCCUCGCUGGAAAGACCGACAGCAACUACCCCGAAACAAAGGCAGAAACAAAGUGUCCUGCAGCUGAGGGAGGUGCUGCAGGAUCCAGCCCAGCUCCCACAGCUGGAACAAUAGGAAAAGCAGGCUGUGCUUCACACCAUUGUUUGCAGCACGAACCUCCUGCCACCAGUUCAGCGAUUCCUGGCGGAUCUGGGAGAACGGAGCCCGAUUUAGAAAGUGCUGCUGCAGCAGGAGACACAGCCCCGGCCCCAGGCUCUGGAAAACCAGGAAAACUCCAGGGGGGUGGGGAUGAGGAGGAGGCAGCCCUAGGGCUGGGCAGCAGGGCAGGCUCCCCAGUCCUGCGGGAGGUGAACCCCGAGGACGGCAGCGUGCGGAUCCUCCGCGACCACCGAACGCGCUGCCCCGUGGCGUUCCACAGCUCCCUGCUCUACGAGCUGGAUUAGUUGCAUUGUUUUAGGAUUUCCGUCUCUUGUUUGAUGCUUGCUCUGUUUUAGGAUUUCCUUCUGUUGUUUGAUGCAGCUCCAUGUGCUGGUGGAUGACAUGGAGGCCAUGGGUUCCCACUAAAACUGGUGCAACACCAAAACUUUCUGUUUUUAACAGCUUAACUAUUUUCUAAUCAAAUCUAUGGCAAUAAUUUGACUUACAAGAAAAGUUGCAGUUGGAGGUGUCUCUGAGCUCCCGGAAAAAAAAUGUAUCUUAUUGUUUACAUAAAUUUUUUUAUUCUCUU